AUGCUCAAUAUUGUCGGGGUUCCACAUAACUGGAGGCUCCAGUUAUCCACACGUAGACAUCAGCAGAAGCACAACACGAGAGGCACGGGCAUACCAGAGAGCUGUAGCCGUUUCGGAGCCGUGCUGCAAGUGGACGUCGUGUUUCAAAAUGUUGCAAAGGGGGAGUUGGCUCGAAAGGCGGAAUUGCAGCGGUACUUCGGGACCGAUGAUCAGAAGACCUGCAUUUUGAGGAUCCUCGAGAAAGGGGAUUUGCAAGUGUCGGAGUUGGAGCGUCGGCAGCAGUUACAGCAGAUGUUUAACGAUGUUGUCUCGUGUGUUGUCGACCUGACAUAUUCUGCUGUAACGGGUUUGCCAUUGUCUCGUUCAGCUGUAUCUUCGGCGCUAAAAGAACUGGGGUUUGCUGUGAGGCUGAAGCAGCCAGCAAAGGCUCAGGCACUGCAUGCAGCGCUGCUAUUGCAGCAGCACAACCCCCAGCAGAUCCGGCGUCGCCUAAUGAAGCUCACCAUGCUGCUGCCGCUUCCUCCUGCCACUGCUGCUGCUCCUGCGGCUCCAGCUGCUGCUGCAGCUUCCAUGCUUCACUUUAUUCUUCGCGACUGUGCUGGCUUCAUUGAGUCGCAGGAUCCCACUGUGGAUCUGCUGCUUCAGCAGAAGCAGCAUCAGGGAGGUGAGGCGGACGCAGCAGCAGCAUCAACCCCAAUCCAGUGGCGCGUUGCGUUCUUGGCCUCACCUGGAGUGUAUAGGGAGCUUGAGGAGAAGGUGCUUGACGCGGGAGGGUCUCUGGCUGUGGCGACUUGGAAUUGUUUGUACGACCCGCAGCAAGACCAGCACCUACUGCAGCAGCAGAGGCGGCAGCAACAGGAGCAGCAGAAGAUGCUGGAGCAGCUUCAACAACAGGAGGAAGCCGCCAAGGAGGAACGAGAGAGACAGGGAAAGGAACAGCAACGCCGGGCGGAGAAGGCGCAGCACAGAAAGCUGAUGCGGCGUCUGCGGCAGCAGCAGCAGGACGAGGAGCAGCAGCGGCUAGAAGAACAACGCGUCAGCGAAGCCAUGAAGCAGGAGCAAGCGCGGCUGCAUGGUCGUCUGCUGCAGCGGCAGAUCUUAGAAGAAGAAUACCUAGAAGGGGAGAUGGUGCAGCUGCAGCUGCAGCGGCUCCGCCGGCGCGAAGAAGAAGAAGAGAGGAGAUACCAGCUACGGAGGCAGCAGCAGUGUGAACGCCAGCUAGAACUCAUUGAGCAGCACAACAUGCAGCAGGAAGAUCCGAGCUUCAACAUGGAGGAGAUGCAGCAGCAGCUGCAGCAGGUGCAGCAGCAGCAGCAGCAGGUGGACACAACAAAAAGCAUCAUAGACGAGUUCGGCUUCGGGCCAUUGACCGUCUACCCUGAUCCUGAGGAAGCAUGCGAGAGCUGCUCCAGGAGCUGCUGCUGCAGUAGGAGCAGGAGCCAAAGCAACAGUAGGAGCAGCAGCGCGAGCAGCGAAAAUGGGAAGGAGCCGUUAUGCUGCUGCUGCUGCGCCGAGUUUGGCGAUGAUGCCUGGGAAGACACGCAGACCCGAGCCCAGCGAAAGGGGCGGGGCGGGAGGAAGCAGCGGCAGCAGCAGCAGCAACAGAGGCGGGGGAUACUGCUUUAUGCUGGGCUGCGCAGCAGCAGUUUAGGAAGCCCUUGUCCCCUGCACGCUGCUGCAUGCACUCAUCAGAGAGACAAGAAUCAGGUGCCGUCUCUCGAGGGCUUAUGCAGGCCGAAGCAACACUCAAGGAGGAGACAGCUGCAGCAGCAACAAAAGAAACAGGAGAGGGCUGCCCAACAGCAGCAGCAACAGCAGCAACAACCGCAGCAACAACCGCAGCAACAGCAACAGCGCCGGCUUCAGAAACAACAGCAAAGACAGCUGAGGAAACAGCAACAUCAGCGGCAGCGGGAGCAGCAGCAACAGCAGCGGCAGCAACAGCGGCAACAGCCUCCUGAAUUCGAAGAUAGCCUAACACGAGAUGCAUUCAAUUUGCUGUGCCAGGAUACGCAGCCGCGGCAGCAGGGACAGGAGUCUGUGGCUGGUUCUUCGCAGAGCCUGCAACAGGAGGGGCUGCCGCAGCCCGAGGAGCAGCGGGUCUUCCGGUGUCGCUGUUGUAACGAGGCCAUGAAAGAUGCAGCUGAGCUGCGUGAGCACUGCAAGAGCAGCAGACAUGCAGUGAAUCUUCGCAGACAGCUGCAGUCGCUGCCCCCCCUCACCGGCACCGAAUGGACCGAAGCAAAAUUCGACCAAGAGCUCAUGGCAGGAAGCUACUCAGAAGUGAGGGGAUUUUAA